AUGAAUGGAGUACCAGUUCAUCCUGCUCAGACUGUGGACUUUCAGAAUUGCAUCACAGAUUUGGGAGUGGGACAGAUGAAUAGAAAAGGGUGGCAGUUUUCCUGGUGCAACAAAAAAGAUGAGAAUGAAAGAAUAUACAGUCAUAUUGAUUGGGUGUUUGGUAAUGUUGAAUGGUUACAAACUUAUGGUAGUAUUGAGGCCAACUAUCUGAAUCCUGAGUGUUCAGAUCACUCUCCCAUUAAUAUUGAGGGGCAUUGUAUGUAUGAAGUGUGGCAGAAGUUGAAGCUGGUGGAAGCAGAGACUAAACAGCUGAAUAAAGAAUACUCAUCAUUAGAAGGCAGGAUAAUGAAUUUGAAGCAAAAGUUAGGGGAAAUUCAAGACAAAUUAGCACAAGAUUUGUUUAACAGUAGCCUGAUCAAUGAAGAGAAAGAGAUACUAGUAGAGAUGGACAAAUGGGGAACUAUUCAUGAAAGAGUUCUUCAACAGAAAUCUAGAGCUACAUGGAUUUUCUCAGGGGACUCAAAUACCAGAUUCUUUCAUGCUCAUAUGAAAGCUAGACAGGCAAGGAACAGAAUCUCUUCUAUACAGAAUGAACAAGGAGUUCUAAUCACUGAUCCAAAACUUAUCGAGCAAGAAUUUCUUCAGUUCUUUAGAAAGUUAUUUAGUACUGCUGCUGAGGAAUUGCCUUGUAUUAAUACAACUGUUGUAAGGAAUGGCCCAUGCUUAACUAUUGAGCAAUAG